CGAAGCCUUCGUGGACCAAGUGGCUUUCCGUACCCCGAUGAUGUCACUGCCAUCCGGUAUUUUGUAUUGUUUUGGCGGGGUUUACGAUUUCGUCCGUUCGGAUGUUCAAUUCAGUUUGUAAACAUUAGCCUUCUGCCUACGAAUAUGGAGCGUGGAAGGAUGAGUCGAGCAACGGGCAGCAGACCGUCGGAGCUGCCUAUGCGAGUGCAAGACACCAACAGGAUGAGUAUGGUGUUUACAACGCCCCAGAGUAAACAGCCUUCAUUUGGAAAGCUCAGCAUACCCAAACCACAGUCUGUAACCUCUGAAAGGCGAACCAGCUUCUUUGGUGCCAGGACUAGUGGAGCCAGCAUGCCUCGCAACAGCACCAUGUCAGGGUUUGGAGGGACUGAGAAGAUCAAAGAUGCCAGACCUCUGCAUGAUAAAUCCUUUGUGCAGCAAUGCAUCAGACAGCUGCAUGAGUUCCUGACUGAGCACAGUUACCCAGGCACUUUGUCAGCCAAGACCCUCCAAUCUCCCUCGUCCAAGGAGUUUGUGAAGAUGUUUGAGUUCAUCUACCGCCAGCUAGACCCAACCUUUGAAAUGCCAAACUCGAAAGUUGAAGAAGAGGUUCCAGCUAUCCUAAAAUCCCUGAGGUACCCAUUUGUUCUCUCCAAGUGUUCAAUGUAUUCUGUUGGAGCUCCCCACACCUGGCCUCAGGCCCUCGGUGCUCUCAUGUGGCUAAUUGAUAAUGUCAAGAUCAAGUGGAGUUUGAGUAAGCAGGAGCUGCUGUUCAGUGACUUCUGUGAAGACAGCGACAACAUCGAAGAAGGGGCAGAGUAUAACAAGCUCUUCCUUGACUACACAGCUGAAACAUACUCCAAGUUCAUGCAGGGUGAUGAUACGUUUGAGGAUGAAGAUGAAGCAUUCCUGACUAAACUAAAGAAGCUGUACAAUGUAGAUGAAGCCCUGCUGUCCUCAAUGGAGGAGAAGCACAGAAUACUCAGUGAGCAGGUUGAGCGACUGGAGAAGGAGAGUCAGACGGACCGUCUGAUGACCAAAAGGAUGGAGAGGAUGAAGUUGCAAACUGACCUCAAGCAGCUUCAGAGCUAUAGAAGCAGCCUGGAGUCCUUUAAAGCCAACCUGGAGAACAAAGCUUCAGAACUGAAUAAUGAGAUGGAGAACACUGUCAGUCAUCUGGAGUCUUUAAAACAUGAGCAAAAUGAACUUCAGCACCAGCUGCAGAACCAGAAGUUUACUCCAGCUGAUGUAGAGAGGAUCAACAGAGAAAAGAGGGAGCUCCAGCAGACCAUCACCAGUCUCAGCAAGUCUCUAGAAGAUGCUGAACAACACAAAUGGAAUGAGGAGAUUGCUCUGGCCAAAGUAAAAGAGAAGGCGGAGCUGAAGCUUUCAGAGUACCACAAGCUGGCUCGUAAGCUGAAGCUGAUACCACUUUCUGCAGAGAACGCCUGUGGCCAUGAUUUUGAGAUCAGGCCGUUUGAAUGUGGACCUAACAGCAUGGUUCAGCAUAAAACACAGAUACAGAUGCUCUUGAGAAAGCUAGUAAGUGAUGUGGAGGAGGAGAACAGUCGGUUAGCAAACAUGAAACUCAGUCUGGAGGAGUCUUGUGAACAGGUGAAUUCUAAUAUCUUGGACAAGUCCAAUGACUUGAAGCAGAUGAGAGAGCAGAUUCGCAAGCUGGAUGAACGGCUGGAUAGUGAAAUGCAGGAGCUGGCCCGAGAGGAACAGGACUGGGCAGAAGAAAUGGAGUCAGUGGAGAACCAUCGUAAGCUUCUUGAGAAAAAGGUUAAUCACGGUUAUGACGAGGCUGUGCAGCAACUGAAGGCAGCGCAACAACAGUAUCACCUGGUGCUGCAGGAGACCAAUGAGGAAAGACGAACAGUUGCCAACAACCUUGCGUCUGUGUUCACCACAGCAGCCAAUCACUUGUCAAUUACAGAGAAGUGCCUGGAGGAUCUGCACAGCAGAGUGCAGCGUGUCUGCUCUAAGGCUGUUGAGGAGGAUGAGGCUGCUGUCCAGAAGCUGCGGGAAACUUUGAAGAGCUUUCUGUCCAAAGCAAACAGUCUCUAAAGUGAGAUGGAAGGAUCUGCAGGUGGAGAUUAUUUUAGAAAAGAUUGAAGUGUUAAUUGUGUUUUUAGUUUGUUUCCAUCGAUGUGUUGUUUAAAAAAAAUAUGCUUAGUUUUUUGCAUUUGUAGCUUCUCUGCAAGAUACAUUGCUCCUCCUCCACUGCGCUGUGCCUCUGUAUAUUGUUGUUUUGUACUAUAGCCACUAGAUGGCAGCAGCACACCACUGGCUACAAAAACUAUGUGUUUUGGUUGUUGAUGGGCUGAUCAAACGCAGUAUGACUUUUCUGUAAUGUUCUCUCUUUUUCCUUUUCCUCUGGGAACUCUUUUGCAAACUUCUUAAGUGUUCCUUAAUGUUGCAUAAUGCAUUUCUUUAAUAAAAUAUUCUAACACUAU